AUGGGUGAGGACAUCUGGAGCUUGAUAUCUCGGCAGCUGUACGCCACCAGCUCGGCCAACACCCGCCAGCAGCAAGUGGAAGAAGUGAAGGAUGAUGGCGAAACUGAGGCCCCCGGCGAGGGAGGCGAUCCUGCUGACUCGGCGGACAAGAUCACGGCGUUGUGCGCGUUUGCAUCCUACGCGCUUUGCGUCGGCAUGCCUGGGGCGGGGAAGUCGACGCUCCUCAACACCUACCUCAACCCUAACAACGACAGCAUCCCAAAGCCGACGGUUGCACUGGAGUACAUGUUUGCCAGGCGCGCAAGUGCACCAAAUAUGCCGAAGGAUGUGGCGCACAUAUGGGAGCUUGGGGGUGGAUCCCACGUCAGCGACCUCGUACGGGUGCCCAUCACUCCGGAUCGCUUCCACAACGCUCUCUUCGUCAUCGUGUUGGACCUAUCCAGGCCGAGCAGCGUCAUCCCACACCUGUUGCAAUGGACGGAUCAGAUCAAGGCAUGCGUCAAGGUCUGUGUGCGCGAGCUGGGCAAGAGAGACCCCACCUUCGCGGAAACCCUCAAGCGAACGACGUACGCAAAGCUCGGGCGGGACCACCCUGAUUUGCGCUCUGUUCGGCCCUGCCCGGUGCCGCUGGUGAUGGUGGGCAACAAGUACGACGUCUUCAAGAACCAAGAGAGCGCCCGGAAACGAAUAUUGGCCCAGGCCCUCCGAUUCGUGGCCCACGUCAACGGCGCGUCGCUGCUCUUCUGCUCGAGCAGGGAGAAAAAGCUCAAGGACAUCCUCCGCCUGACCCUCAACACGCACCUGUUUCGUGCCAGUAGCCGAAAAUCGAGCGAAACCAACCCAGAGCGCCCGCUGGUGGUGACAGCCGGAUGCGAUUCCCUGGGCUCGAUUCUCAAAAACACGCCUCCGGGUACGCGGCUUGAAGACUUCUUGUCCGGAAACGGCAUCGCGGACGGGGCCAUGGGUGUCUGGAAGCGCACCGUGGAAGACGUGUUCGGGCCUCCGGAUCGCGCUGGUGGGUCGCUGAUGCCGAUGCUGCUGGUGGCGGUGGUGGCGGGGGGUGGCCAUUCUGCAGCGACUUGUAAUGCUUUUUCGGUUUGCUGUUGA